AUGGCAGAAUAUCGAUUGAAGAAUGUUGAAACAAUACAGUCCAGUGACACCUUGAUACACCCAUUUACAGGCUCAUCAAGGCGAUAUGUAUUGGGCGACAGAUUUCACACUGCUAGCAACCCUCACAAGUCCCCGCUGUAUGAAUAUCACAACAUUAAUCUGUUAGAACAGUCUAAUUCCAUCAAAACAAGUUAUCAAGAGUCGGAAAACAACAGGAAGAAUGUUCGUCACUUACAAAGUUCUUGUAUGCAGAAUUUCUCCACCCAUUUAAUGGACUUCUACCAAAAUACGGAGAUUGUGAGAGAGCAGUAUAUUGCAUAUAAAGAACUCAAAACUGUCCAGAAAGUAUGUUGA